UUCACAUCUUCCUCUAUAUUCUCGGCACCAUGCCAUCACACUCGUUUACCAGGCUCUUAUGGCAUGGCCUUUUCUUACUUUCUUUAUUUCUUGGAUUAUCCAGCGGCUCCUUUGCACCUUCUUGCUCGGGCGACUUCCCUUCCGCAUUCGAGCGGAAAUGAGUGACAACCUCUGGGCUUCAAAUUCUACUCUUGCCCAGCAGCGUGGAGUCUUUCUCUGGGUUGGACAGCAGAAUUGGGAUACGGCACAUAAUAAUCAAACGCAGCCAUUCCCAUUGCUUACGGUCCUUUCAACGUUGUACAAUGAAACGUACAUUUCGACCACUGCAGACGGCUCCCAAGAUCUACCAUGUCCCAACAGUUAUACCUACAACUCGGACUGGACAAUGGAUUCCGAUUACUGGGAAGGAUCCUCCUACUACACGUAUAACACAUCCAUGACCUGCCACGGAUUCUACGACCUCAGCACCUCCGUACCCCUGUACUAUCAAACCCCAUCCAACUUCACCGGCUCCCCUGAAUCCAGCCCCGCCACCAGCUCCCUCUCCUCCCUAUCCCCCAAAUAUGCGCCACAGCUGUUGUCUCUCGUGGAGCCAGAACACUUUCUCGAGCCCGAAUACACAAACGUCUUCAGCGUCAAUGGCUUCUACUCCAACGCCCUCUUAGUCUACGGCUUCGUCCCAAGUCACACCAACCAACUCCUAGGUUUGGGUCUAAACUCCACACUCCUCACCUCCUUAUACAACGCCGGCUGGAUUGCCUCUCGCUCCCUCGGUCUCUACUACGGCGUCCCCUCCCCCUCUGAAGUCCGAAAUGGUACUUUGAUCCUUGGCGGCUAUUCAACCUCCCGCCUUCUUGGGAACUUCUCCGCUCAGACAUACCCGAUUGGUAAAUUCACACUCCCUAAACAAUGCCCGCGGGAAGUGUCCGUAUCUAGCGUUGCGGUGGGGGGUACGCCGAUUAUCUCGAAGCCAUUCACAGCAUGCAUCGAGCCCUCUGAGCUCUCACUCGCCUUACCACCUGUCUCCCUCACUAGUUCUCUCCCUUCCGCCUCCGCAAAUUACACAAUCACUCUCUCAAACGGACUGGUGGUUGAGAUCCCGCCGGACUUAGCCAAUACGCGCGAGUUGACGGCUGAGGAUAUGGAUUCUCCGAUCCUAGGAGUCCCGUUUUUGAGUCAGGUUUACCUGUGGGCGGAUUAUCAGACGAGAGAGCUGCACUCGGGAUUGGCGAAUCAUAGUGAUGCAUAUCUGGUGGGGAGAGAGGACAUCCAGUGCGUGGAUCAUGGGAGUGAGCUUGGAGAUUUGGGGUGGGCUGUUGGAAGCUCGAGUGAAGUGACAGGGACUGCGACGAGUAGUGCGGGUAAGAGUACCGGAACGGCUAAGAGUGCCGGGGUAAGGAGAGGGUUGGAUGUGUGGGUUAUUGGUGGUGCUUUAGGAAUGGUGGGGAUAUGGAGUCGGAUGUUAUGACUAAUAACAUGAUUAAUGAAUAUCAAACUUUUGCAUGAGCACUUCUGCACGU